AUGAACUGGGCAUAUAAGAUAUGUCUCAUUUUUAUCGUCAUCUCGUCAUUGUCAGUAAAAUUCAGCUCUUCUGAUGAUCGUUUCAUGGAAUCAGAGAUUCAUGAAGACAUGACAAGGCAAGGUUGCUGGAAAGUGGGAGGAGUUAGUCUUAACGAUCUACAAUUUGAUCCGAAAAAUGCAAUGGCGACCGCAUUAAAAACAAACAAGAAUGGAGAUAAGAUAACUGUUUUCAACUACGGAAUGCAGUAUUUCAAUUCCGAACUGAAAAAUCUAUCUCUUAGCACAGGCGGUACACAUCCUCUAUACUUGCGAAUUAAGGAAGACGCAUUAUGGGACAAUAAACCACAGGAUAAAGUAAACUGCCAAAGAGUUCUGAAUUACAAAUGCCUGCAAGACAUCACAAUCAACAGCUUGGAAUCUUUGGAAAACUUCAACUCAAUGAAAUGCACUGAACUGAAAAAGGAUCUCAUUAUCGAUGGAUUUAAGCAUCUAGCCCAGAAUAGAGGGAGCUUCAGUUUCAGUGGCUUCGAGAACAUCCAAAAAAUCCGAGGUCGAUUGGUUAUUCAAAACGUUGAGACAGACGCGUCGUUUAAGUUUGAAAAGCUCAUUCAAGUUGGACAAUUUGCCGAUGAAAAGGGACUUCCGAGCAUCCAAAUCAGAGACAAUGUAAUGGGAAGAAUCAGCAUGGAGAGAGUGAAUAUUACAAAGUGCUACCCAGGAGCUCCAAAAACUUGUGUGAGCAUUCAGGACAACUGGAUCAUCGAGAACAACGAUAAUCCAUUGAAAAUAAAAUUCGAAAAUUUCACAGCUCCUCCGAGAUGGAACCCAGUAGAGGGAAUUCAUGCAGAACCAGGAACAGAAAGGUUUGAAGCUGAGGUGGAGAGAUUGGAAGAACAUCCAGAAGAAAUCGAGGAAACGUACGACGAUCCCGAACUCAAUGACGAGGACGUUGAUUUGAAAUGCAGACUUUGUUUUAUCCCUUACACUAUCUUGAAUUACGUAGGAAUACCUGCUCUACUUGGAAUCAUUUUUUGGAUCAUCAAAUUUUUAAUGAAGAAAGAUAUCAAUUAUGAUUUGGCCACUGUAUAUGGUGCAGAUGAAAAGGAAAAUCAGGACAACUACUUCGCAGUGGAUGGAAAGAAAGAUAACAAGGAGAAGGAUUCUGGAAUGGAUGAUCUUGGAUCAAAUUGA